AUGAGCGCCGAACGACCUCAACCAAGUGGUUCCACCAGCAACCCCAAACGACGACGCAAUGAACCGAAGGAAAGCGAAAAGGGAAGGGAGGAACCAAAGCGACACCGAGUCUCCCGUGCCUGCGAUAGCUGCCGAUUCAAAAAGGACAAAUGCGAUGGAGGACGUCCAGUCUGCUCCACCUGUGCCGCGAUCAGUCGACCUUGCGCAUACAAUGUCAACCCAAAGAAACGAGGUUUGCCCACAGGCUACCUCCGAUCGCUGGAGUUGCUUUGGGGGCUGGUAUUUCAACGGAUUCGGGGCAGUGAGGAUCUCAUACGAGAGUUGAUGCGGUCAAUCAAUCUCCCCGAUAUUCUAUUGGACAAGGAAGCAGAGAAGUCAGAUUCAUUGAUGGCUUCCUUCAAAAAUAGCACAGCGCUCCGAGACAUCGAACACAUUCUCGCAAUAUUAGAACAACCGGAAGAGGAAAGAAAGCGAAGCCUCCAGGCAUAUGCCAAGGGAGAGACGCCUCUGGAUAUCGAUGAGAUUAUCGCCUCGGCUGGCGCGCAGGAAUGGCACGUCCCGGAAAACAUGAAACACCAAGAGACACCAGCGUCAGGAGGAUCACCACCUGGCGCAGCAAUGGGCGUCUCUCCUAUACCAACUCCCGGGCCACGGCAGACCGGAGACUCCGGUGGCAAGACAGCCACACCAAGUGACUCAGUCUCACCAUCUUUCACUUUUCCGUCAAAUCUCGCUGAACCUCGAUCGACAUCGAUGAAGCGUCCACUCCGUCUCCCUGAGAAUGCAUGGCCCCUGUUCGAUGUGUAUUUCUCCUACACCCACUGCUGGUUUCCUAUACUCGAAAAACAUGACAUACUUCGCACCGCUUAUCAAUACACAGAAGCCGAUGUAUGCAUAUCGUGUUUGGCUCCCGGGUCUGGGGAGCAUGCGGCUCUAUGGGCUGUCCUCACUCUCGCCUCGCUCCAGGAUGAGUCUAUGCCUGCGGACCGAUCGAUCGACCCGCAGUCCAACAAGCAAAUGUCUUCAUCGGAUAUGUUCAUGACAGCCCGGCAUUUCGUACCCCCCGAAAGUGGCCCUUACGACACUGGACACGUGCAAGCAUUGUUGAUCCUAGGUCUAGUCAAAUUCGGACAGCAAGACUGGACUUCCUCCUGGAUGCUCGUUGGCCAGGCAGUGCGUAUCGCACGUGUACUGGGUCUCGAUGAGCCACAACAACUUGCUCGAGCGAAACAUGUGUUCCUCGGUUGUUUUGUGCUCGAGACCUUAAUUUCAGAAUCAACUUCACGAUGCCCAUCGCUGCGGAAAGCAGACCUGGCCAAAAUAGGCCACUUGACAGCGGAUGGCCUCGAGGAAUGGCACCCCUGGGAGGACCAGACAAAGUUGCGCCCCACCCCAUCCUCCCGUGCGCCCAUGCAGCGCGGUCCUAUUCAGGCGCUGAGCACUUUCAACCAUCUCGUUGACCUCUUGAGUAUUUUGAAUGAGCUUUGUUGCCUCAAGCAAGACUCAACACUCUCUCGAGCACAACUGGAGCAACUAAAGUUGCAAUUACAGCGAUGGGAAGCAGAAAUACCCAAGGCUUAUAGGGUCAAUUUGCGAAGUGGCAUUGGGAAGCUAGCCGCACCACAUACGUUCGGUCUAGAAAUGACCUACGAAAGUGUCGCUAUUGCUCUCAGCUCCCAGAUCGCGCUUCGUGAGCAUGACCACAACCUAUUGCAGACCCCUCACGAGAUUCAUGCCACGGAAGGCUCGAAGAGGCUUCUGCAACUGCUUCAAGCCUACUUGGAAACCUACCGCUUGUCCACUACCACACCAAUUCUCAGCAUGUUCCUCCGAUUUAGCCUUCUGCAAUUUACUUCUCGAGGUACCCUGUCAGAGCUCGACAUGAAGAUGCAACACGGAAUUGGUGUGAUUUCCUCCCAACAUUCUGCGCUGUGGACUGUCUCGGACCGUCAGCCAGCUAGCCAGGUUCAGCCGCAGAGAUCUACAGCCUCGUGUAAUUCCCCCACGGCAUCACAGCACAUGCAUGCCUCUGCUGACAGAGGCAUGGGAAUGCAGCCAUCCCUUUUAAUUGACACAAGUCCACAUACUCUUCCUCUUACAGAAGUAUCCCAACGAGGUGCACAUGCCGCAAGUGCAUCUACAGGUACUUACAUCCCCAUGAAUUGGCUCACAGACGCACAUACCAUGGAUGGAGUGUCUCUUAUCCGCACACCGGCAUCUCUGACAACUGUCGGUAACGCCCCUCAGAUACCAACAGAACAGGCUCUUCUGUCGCCUCCUCUCGCAGGCGGGAAUCCCCAGCGUACAUCAGCGACUAGCAGCUCUUAUCAUGAUACGGGAUUGAUCACCGAAUAUCCGGCGCCAUAUCAUAACACUGCGCAAUAUCAAACUGCGUACCAAGACCCAUCGCUCCAUGUGGGUCAUCUGGUUGAUCGCACCGGCUAUGGGCCUUCAAGGAGACAAUUGAUUGCUCCUGAUCUUGAUGCAUUACUUGACGAGCUGGAAUCUUUAGAUGGUGCCGAGAAGACCGAUAACCAGCCUGAGUUCAUGCAGAAUCUGGGUUUCAUAUCUGCUGUUGGAAACUCGGAGCUCUAUUCUUUCUCCGGUCCGAUCGACCCUAUCUUUCCGUCACAUAGUCAAGGACUGCCUGAUAAUGGCGCUCCCUCUGGCAUGGGGCCAGACUCGCACUCCUAA